AUGAUCACCGCACCACAGCGGCGUCUACUCGUCCUUCUCUCGACUUUCUUCUUCGUAUUUAGUAUUUUUUAUUGCUGUUCGCGUCUCGCAGCAUUGACAGUCGGGCCCGUAGAGGUCGAGGACGAAGUCUUGCGCCCACAAGUCGAACUUCUCAGAGCCGAUAACCCCAUGUCUUAUGGCAUGUAUAACAGACCGCGCUACGAUGGUAUCGACCUCAUUAGGAAUCUACCCAGCGAAUACGUCCCUACAGCAAAGAAUGGAAGGAGGUUGGUCGUGGUUGGCGAUAUCCACGGCAUGCUGGACCCCUUCGAGAAACUACUCAAGAAGAUCGAAUUCAACCCCAAGACAGACCACGUCAUUGCAGUUGGCGAUAUGAUUAACAAGGGCCCCAAGUCUUCCGAGGUAGUUGCUCGUCUUAUGGAACUCAAAGCUACCGCGGUCCGUGGCAACCACGAAGAUCGCGUCAUUCUUGCAUGGCGCGGCCUCAGUUCUCAACAGGGCGUCGCCGCCUACCUCGAUACCAAAGAUGCCGCCAAGCACAGGGGCGAGGAGGCAGACUUGAAAACAGCUCGCAGUCUUUCCGAGGCGCAAAUGACGUGGCUGAAGAACUUACCGGUCAUCAUAUCUGCCGAAUCCAUGGCCCUCUACUUCGUGCACGCCGGUCUCGUCCCAGGCGUCCCGCUUCCUCAACAAGACGCCUGGGCUGUCAUGAACAUGCGCACCUUGCGGUUUCCGCGCGAAGAAUUCCGUAAGAAGGAGAUCGAAAAGAAACGAAAGCAGGCCGAGAAACAGCGACAAAAGGAGCUAGCAAAGGCGCAGGAGGACGCGCAGGCAAAGUUUCAGCAGCGCAGUUUCGUUCCCGGGGAAGAGGCCACUGACUCGCAUGCCCACGCCGCCCACGCUGCACGCGCUGAACCCGCUCCAGCCGAUUCCGCAGGUGCCGUGUCGACCGAUGAAGCCGCCGCCGAACGCACGAACCCUGAUCGCGAUGUAUGGAUUCCCAUAGAUGGUCACGAAGGUGAACGAUGGACCGACCUAUGGAAUAGCGAGCAAAAGAAAUUGCGAGGACCCGACCGUCGUUCUGUCAUCUACGGCCACGAUGCCAAGAUGGGCUAUCAGGAGGACUCAUACACCUUCGGCCUCGACUCUGGUUGUGUCAAGGGCAACGCCCUAACUGCCCUGGUUAUCCAGGCCAAGGAAGAAGGUGGCUGGAAACACUCAACUCAUCAGGUCAUGUGCAAAAAAGGAUGGUGGUAA